AUGGAUCAACAGUUAUUUAGAGUUUAUAGAGAACUAUUUGAUUCGACUAAAGCUAAUGAUACAACACUUAGUUCUGAUAUGAUCUUAUUGACUCGUGACAAUGCUGAUAUCAGUUUCUUCGUCCCUUUAAAAAUAUCUGCUGCAUCAAUUACCAAUCGCAUUGAAUCAAAUAAUGAUUAUUAUAUGAUUUCGAAUUUAGAAACAAUAUUCACAAAACAAAUUCAGAAUUAUUUUUCACUAUCAACAAAAUCAGUCAUAUUGCAACAAAUUGAUGAUCAAAUCGAAGAAAUACUCAUAGGAAAUGUGUUUCCUUCGGUUGAGACUUGUUAUAGAGAAGCAAUGAAAGAAAUUUUAACUUAUUUUGAAAAGCAACAAAGACUACAAAUAUUUUUAGCGAAGAAAAUUAGAGAAGAUAAUUAUGCUGAUGUAUCAUUUUUUGCUCCACAAUUUGUCGAUUCGUCUUCUGAGAGUACAGAUACGUCAUCUACUGGGACCAACAUUGAUCAGCAAUCGCAAAUUAACAAACAAAAACAACGAGAAGUUCUACUUCAAGCUUAG